UACGAAAACCCAAAACCCGCAUCCAAAUCCCAAUCCCGUGAGGGUUCAAUCCCAAUCCAAAUUCAAAUCCAAAUCCAAAUCCCUUUCUCUUCCCCUCCUCUUCCUUUUCUUCACGAAAAAUGGCGAACCCCAUCAUCACCAUGAGGUCCUCCAGCUCGCACCACAACUCUCCAAUGGCGGCCGCGUCAUCUCCCGGAUGCCUUCGUUCUCCCUCCUUUAAAGCCUCCAAGAAGAAUAUAGCAAUGGUGAUAAGAGGAGCUCUAACUGUGGAGCAGGAGGAGAAGACCAAGGUGUCUAUCUUGAGAAUUGGGACAAGGGGAAGUCCAUUAGCACUUGCCCAGGCCCAUGAGACCCGGACUAAACUCAUUGCGACACAUUCAGAGCUAGCCGAAGAAGGAGCAAUUGAAAUCAUAAUAAUAAAAACCACUGGUGAUAAAAUACUCAACCAACCCUUAGCUGAUAUAGGCGGCAAAGGUUUAUUCACAAAGGAGAUAGAUGAGGCUCUCUUGGACGGUAGAAUUGAUAUUGCAGUACAUUCGAUGAAAGAUGUGCCCACUUAUUUUCCUGAUGGGAUGAUAUUGCCUUGUAAUCUUCCGCGUGAGGAUGUUCGCGAUGCAUUUGUCUCUUUGACUGCAAAAUCACUUGCUGAGCUUCCAGCUGGAAGUGUUGUGGGCAGUGCUUCAUUGAGGAGGCAGUCUCAAAUACUCUAUAGAUAUCCAUCACUCAAAGUUGUUAACUUGAGGGGAAACGUUCAAACUCGACUAAAGAAACUUAAUGAAGGAGAGGUCCAAGCAACAUUAUUAGCACUUGCAGGGCUUAAACGCCUAAAUAUGACAGAGAAUGUAACAGCUAUACUAUCCAUUGAAGAAAUGCUCCCUGCAAUAGCUCAAGGUGCAAUUGGCAUAGCCUGUAGAACCAAUGACGAUAAGAUGGUCAAUUACAUAAACUCUCUGAAUCACGAAGAGACUAGAUUAGCUGUUGCUUGUGAAAGAGCAUUUCUGACAACCUUGGAUGGUUCAUGUCGAACUCCAAUUGCUGGAUACGCACACAAGGAUAAGGAUGGAUAUUGUGUAUUCCAAGGAUUAGUAGCUUCCCCAGAUGGAACUCGAGUUUUGGAGACAUCGAGAAAAGGGCUUUAUGCUUACGAUGACAUGGUAUUAAUGGGUCAAGAUGCUGGAAAAGAAUUUUCUCAAGAGGCAGGUCCAGGUUUCUUUGAUUGGUGAUAUCACUGAGUAUGUGUACGAAUAGCGGGAAUGAAGAUUCAAAAGACACGGAUGAAGGAUCCAACCGAACACAGACUUAAUCAAAUUCUCAACAAAAGCAGAACACACAACAGCAGAACAUCACAUG